GCCCGGUCUGCCCGCCCCCGCGCUGCCGCCGGGCCCAGUUGGAGCUGGUAUCAUGGCGUUGCUGCUGCUGCUGCUGUCGUCGCUGUCGUUUCUGUCGGCUGCCGCCGUGUACCUGGGCUGCGUGCGGCGGCACACGGGCAGCGCGGGCGCCGUACUGCACCGCCGGGAGCCGGGCCGGGCCGGGACGCGGGGCCGCCGCCCGCCGCAGGAGGCCUGGGCCCCGCGGCUGAGCGGCCUCUGGCUGCGCCUCUUCGCGCAUGUGGCCAACACGGCUUUUGGACAGAUCUGCUUAUUGCCAUUCUUAUUAAGGCUGAACAAAUUCUCUCUCAUGCGUUCUCUUGAUAUUCACGAAGAUCCCACAUUUAUCCCAGAAGCUGCUGCAGAGCUUACAAAGGACAAGUCUGAGGCUGAAAGCACUUCGGAUAUUAUCAAGCAGCUGAUAGAUUCAAGGCCUGAUUCUGCCAGUGAUGGGUUUAGCUUCAAAGGAAUCAAAGACUACUUGGACUGCUACUGGAGUGGGAAGCUGACACCAUCUCAGGUAGCAAAGAACAUCAUUGCUGUGCUGGAGGACUGCGACAAAUCCACACCCCCGCUCCGAGCGAUAGUGCAAUGGGACCGUGAGCAAAUAAUGCUGAUGGCUGAGGCCUCCACUGCUCGUUACAGCAAUAAAUGUACCCUGUCUUAUCUGGAUGGGAUCCCAGUGUGCCUGAAAGAAGAGUUUAAAGUGGUGCCUUACCAUCACCGAGUGGGAACAGAGUAUCUUGGGACAGAGCCUGAAACAGAAGAUGCUACUGUGGCCAAGAAGCUGCGAGAGGCUGGAGCUAUCAUUAUUGGGGUCUCAAACAUGCAUGAACUAGGGACUGGAACAACUGGAUGUAACCCUAAUCGGUACCACAAGAUCCCAAGGAAUCCCUACAAGCCCAAUCACUACACAGGUGGGAGCUCCAGUGGGUCAGCGGCAGCUGUAGCAGCAGGUCUCUGUCCAGUGGCUAUUGGCACAGAUGGAGGAGGCUCUGUGAGGAUUCCUGCUUCAUUCUGUGGUGUGGUAGGGCUGAAAGGUACGUUUGGGCGGAUCAGUUCUCAUGGCAGCCUCCCGCUCAGCUAUUCCACAGUCAGUGUGGGACCUAUCUGUACCUCAGUGGCAGAUGCAGCCAUUGUUUACAGUAUCCUUGCUGAGCCGGAUCCACUCUAUCCAUAUGGAUUAAAACAGCCCAAAGCAACCCUGUUGGAUAUGUGUGCACCUGACCUGAAGGGCUUAAAAGUGGGAGUGGACUGGACAUUUUUUAAGGCAUGUGAUGCAGAAGUCCUGUCCAUCUGUGAGAAAGCUGUGGAGUACCUGCAGAGUCUGGGAGCCAGUGUGGUUGAAGUGUUUCUUCCAGAGAUGGAGGAAGUUCGAGUGGCCCACGGAAUCUGCAUUCUCAGUGAGAUGAGAGACUUCCUGCAACCUGACUUCAACAAACAUUUCCACCAAAUGAAUUUGGAGACUCGGAUCAGCCUGGCCUUGGCUUGCCAGUUCACAGCUCUGGACUAUAUUACGGCAAAUCGGCAGAGGACCCGGAGCAUGGGCUUCUUGCGAGAAAUUUUCACCACUGUGAACUGUAUCCUUACACCAGCUGCUGCUUCCACUGCCCCAAGAAUCCAUGACUCUGACCUUCUGGCUGGGUGCAGCGAUAUCUUGCUCACAGUCCGGGCCAUGAGGUUCAUGCAGCUUGGCAACUUCACUGGCAUUCCAGGACUGGUGGUCCCUGUUGGAUAUUCUGCUGCUGGGCUUCCUAUCAGCCUCCAGGUCAUGACAAAAUGGUGGGAUGAAGCUAUGCUUCUCAGGAUUGGCCUGAAGCUGGAGCAGUUUCGUCACCAGACCAAAAAACCAUCCAUUUAUUAUGACAUACUUGCAUGAUGGGGUGGUCAAGAUGGGGAAUGCUCCAAAACAUUUCUUUUUCUUCUCUAAUCUGACCUGACCAAGGGUAAGAGUGGACUUGUUUUCAGUGUUUACCUGAAUAAGGUUUAUUAGCAGGCCCAUUUGAGGAAUGGGGAGGAAGACUGAUCUAAGCAAGCAUUGAUGUGAGCAGGGAUCAGUUCUGCUCCCUGUUGGGUAGGGGAUGUUCCAGUUUGUACUGGGGAAACCACCUGUGUUAGCUCAUUCCUCACUGUUUUUGCCAGUUUUUGCAACCAUCUUCUGCCACCCCUUUCCCUGUAUGGCUCCUAUGUAAAGGUGGAAGACAGCUGGACUGCAUACAAGCAGUUUAGAUGGCUAUGCAUGGAGAACCACAAUUCUAAGUCCUUAAACCUUCUCACAGAAUGUCUUCUGCCCCAGGAUGUAACCAAGGUACUCUUGAGGGUGAAAGGCAGCUUCCCAUAUAGAUAGAUUCCCUUAGAUAUUAGUGCCUUGUUUCCUUGGAAUGAAGAGGAUCUUAACACUCCUGCAAGAAGGUAGUGUCUGUCAUGGCCCCUUACCGCGAAUAUUCCCUCAGACCAAAACAGAAGGGCAGUAGCUAUGGAAGUGUCUCUAUGCUUUUUUUGGUCCCUUGUGCUGGGAACAGUGUAGGGCUCAGUCUAACUGUUGCACAAAAUAUGGGCAUGCUCACUGCAUGAGCAGUCCUGCUCCUUCAGCCUUAUGUGCAAGGGAAGGAAAAAGCAGAGCAGGAACCCUCAUUAACUCAGUGAGCCAAAACUGGUUCACUGGAGUUCACAGGGGCUCUGGAGUUUUGUGCCACUGUUGGUGGCAUACUUCCUAAGGCAAGACCCUGAGAGCCUAUGUUCUCCCAGUAGUUUCUUAGACAUAAGCCUACCAGCAUUUAGUAAUUCCAUCUCCAGAGUGGAGUGGAGUGGAGUGGAAUAAGCUACCCGGUAUGCUGUGAAAUAGCUCUUAAGGAGAUGGUUGCUGAUCCAGUUACUAUAAGGAGGUGAAACUGGUGCCUCACUAAAAAGCAGGAAGUGAUAGAGUACUGCAUGAGCAGAACCUGGGUGCAGGAGAGGUGUUGCAUGAAGCUGUGCGCAGCACACAGCCUGCUCUAGACAAGCAGACAGCCAUUCCUCUAUCCCAAGUGCACUUCCUAAAGUCAUCAGGUAGAAUUAAGGCAUGGAGUAAAAGAGCAGGCUGUAAUACUUAAAUCAUAAUACCACAGCAGGAAAAGCUAGAGAUUACAUUCCUACAGGAGUAGGCCCUAAAAUCACAGUACUAUGUGCUACAGGUUCCAUUGAAAGCCCCCUGGCUAUAAACUUAAGUGCCUGUGUCCUGCCUGCACCACUGUGGCCACAUCAAAGACAAGAAAAGGCCUAGGAUUAACCAAGGCUAAGCAUCUGCUUCAUUUUGGACUAGCUCAUGGUUAAUGCUCAGAGAUACCUCCUGUUGCCCACCUUAUCACAGAUAUCUGAGAAGGGAAACUUCUGGCCUUGUAAUCAGGCUGCUGGAGAAGCUGUCCUAUAGUCAGCAGCAGCAAAGAGCACUGUAUUCCUACUUAGCUUGGAAGGAAAGGAGGAACAGAGAGAGUGGUUGCAGUUUCUCCCAAAGUUCAGUAUAGCUUUUUUUUUUUUUUUUUUUUUAAUUUAAAUCCACUCUUUAAACAGAGCUAGCACUUUAGUAAAGUUAGCAGUCAGACAGCAUUUGAAUGAUAAACACAUUGCAUUACCUUCCCCACAAUUACUUGAGUCAAAGCAUCAACUGCUACCAGAGGCUGUUAGCAGCAUCCACAGUUAAAAUAAUGAAACAGUUGAUACUGUCUUUCAUCUUCAACUCCCCUGUGUGAUACUACCAGAAAUAUUACUUCACUAGAUUCUAGUAUAGUUAAAUUCUAUGAAGAGCAGAUUUUAAGAGCAAAGUAUUACCUCUAAUAUUAAUGAUAACUUAUUAAACAUUUCUAAAACACCCUGGAGCUGUAUGCCUGCAAGAUGAAACACUGGGGAAGUACACCGUAUGGAAAUAGAAGGAGUUGAUCAGUGUUUGACAAGAAUAAAUUUCUCCAAGGAACACUGCUGCUUGCAGGAAAUAAUGGCUGAAUAUUCACUGAUUUAAUGCUACUCUUGUAGGGGUUAGAAAUGGCAGUAUAAACCAAUCAAUCACCAUCUGCAAGACGAAACUAUUUCAAAUCCCCUCUUUCCUAAAUGAUAUACUACUGUAAAACUACAAUUUCAAGACUAAGUUCAUUCUCUGGGUGGAGUUAAGGAGCUCAGGUUUCUAGAAGGAUGGCUAGGACCUAAAAUAAAGGGUUUGCUUUUUAAAAAGAA